AUUUAGUUAUAGUUUCAUCAGUAAUCAAUACAUUUUCAAAGGAUAUGAAAUACGAAUCUGUACUAGUAAUUAACUAUAACACAGGAGCCAAUCACAAGUAUACUGUGCACUAUAAGUAAGUGAAAUAUGAUGCAUAUAGCGAAACAGUUAUUGAUCGGGUGCUUCUUUUUAGGAACAGCAAUUAUUUGUGUGGAUUAAAAAAAAAGUAAUCAGUAAUGUGAUUAUACCAAUGAACACCAAUAUGUAGGUCUGCCUAAGGGGUGGUAAUAUAAUUUUUUCUAUAUUUCUUUAAUUGCUCCACUUCUAUAAAGAAAAUUACACGUUUUCUGUGAUAUUUUGUUUAAAAAAAAAAAAAGAAAAAAAAAAAACAAGUCCAAAGUACGUAUAUUUGAAUGCUCUGAAAAUUAUAAUAAUCAGAUAAUAUUUCAGCUAUAUUGAAGACGCUCUUUCUAAAUGUCGUUUUGAAAUCGCCAUUUUAGAAAUGUCCUUUUUUUAUAGGUAUUCCCGAUUAUUUUUAAAAUGCAAAAUGAACAGAUAAAAUCGGACUACUUAUACUGUUUGCACAAUUGGGUGCAGAUCAUUAGAUAGAUGUGAAGGUUACAAAGACCUUGUAAUCCGAAUCAUUUCAAUACGAGAAAAUCUGAUAACAAAGCGUUGCGCAUAUAGACACAAAACUUAACUUUGUUGACAAGCGGUUUGAAAGUAUGCAAUUAAUGCCAUUUUCUUUUUGUAAAAAUUCUAGUAGAAAAUAAAUCUUAUAUUGUAUGUAGAGUAACAUAUUCCCUAGAAACUGAAAUUGGGCUAUUUAGUUAUUAUGGAUUUUUAAACAGAAGUUUCUUUUUUUUUUAAUAAGAUUUUUUCUUUCUUAAUACAAGCAAUCAGAAAACAUUAUUUCUUAAUAUUUUAGUAAACUAGAAGAAUAAAAUGGACUGUCACAAAAGCUUAUAUUUUGAUGAUUGUGGUGAUGAAUGUUUGACAGAAAAGAAAGAUUAUUUUUUGCCUGGCCUAGAAGAGUAAUUGAUAAAUACACUGAAGCUAGCCGACUCUCCGCAUAUCCUUAGGGAGUGUCCGCUACUAGUUAUAAUGAGCCAGUCAAUACAACAUAAAUAUGAAUUAUUAAACACAUAGAAGAAAAAAUGACAAUGGUCGAUGAAACGUAAAUGGACCCUCGUAUAUAUAUACAAAUGCAUUAAUUUGAAUAUAGAAUCGCGAUUUAUACGGAAUAUUGAUUUUGAAAGUAAACAAAAAGAAAAAGAAAAUUAUAUUAGCGAUGACCAAAUGCUUUCUUCUUUUUGAAAGGACAGCAAAUGUAUAUUACUAUUUACAUUAACUGUCUUUUUUUAAAAUACCACCGGAAUAGUAUUUCAGUUUUUUCCCGUGAAAGUUUUUUUUUUUUAAUAUUCAAAUUCAGUGCAUUUCUAUUAAAUUCUGAUAUAAGAUCACUGGAGUGUUAAGUACUACGGGGAUUCAUGUUUGGACAUUGGAACAAGUUACAACAUAUCGGAAAUUUUGAUGUUAAACGGAAUGAUGUUUUUCACGUGUCAAUGGAAGAGUAUGCAUACAAUAAUUAACUGUUUAAUAGCGGUUCACACAUAUACAAUAUGUACUUAAAUGUGAAAUUUGGAAAGUCGAUUGCUUCAAGCGCAAUCUAGUUUUAUUUUAAAAAUGUUAUAGAUUUAAGCCGUCUUACCACUGGACCGUGGAUUGUAAGAUCACGAUCGAAGUAAAAUUGGAUAUUUUACAAUAAGGAAAAGUGCAGUCACUUAAACAGGACGCGCAUAAUACUGAAAUUAAUAGUAAGAAAGGUUUUAUUUUAAAAUCACGACUCUAGUUUAGAAUAAAUUUAAAAGGGACUAUUAUUGAACAAAUCACCGAUAUGACUAUAGCAUUUCUUCUAUAUAAUUUUGAAAAAUAAAUCCGAAAAAGGAAAGAACGUCGGAAAAGUGAAAGUACAUUUUUUUCUUAGCUGAUACUUGUGUUAAAUUUAUGGAAGAUGAAAAAGAACAUCAUGGCAAUAAAUUUCUUGAUGAUUUUAACAGUUUUAGUACAGAACACGCAAAAUGUGAAGGAUGUAACUUAAAGCCUGAUCGUCAGGGAUAUUUUAAAAAUACUUGUAUAAAUUCGCUGGAAAAUAAUGAAGCAAAGAAAGUUCAGGGUAAUUCGUUUGUAGAGCAUAAUCGAGAUAAAGGCUCUUUAGAUGAUAUAACUGCGGACAAGUUGGAUGAAAAAAGUCUUAAAAAGAAAAAGAAGAAAAAGAAGCGGAGAGAAAAGAAUGAAGAUGAUAAAAUACAUAGAAAUAGAGACAGUGAAACGGAUAAAGAAGAAAAUGAAGAAGAAAUAAGAAAAAGAAGAAAACAUAAACGAAAGAAAAGAAAAACGACAGAAAGUAAGACUGGUGCUUGUGAAAAUGGAAACGAAAAGAAAAAUAAAUCGGGAAAGACCAGGAAACGGAAUUCGCCACAAUUUCCAUCUGAUGAACUCUGGUUAGGAAGAGAAUUAUAUCAAAAUAACGCAGUGGCCGAAGAUUUUGCCAGCAAUAGUGCUGUUAAACCUGAAGGAAACUCAUCCGUCCAAUAUGACUUGUUUUUAGCAAGUUCCUUUUCUCCAAGAUCAGUAUUACAACAAAAACGCCAUCUGGCGGGUAAAUAUGACGGCGCUCACGUUCAAAGUGAAAACUGUCGUCUGCCGAAUGGUGAUGUUCAUGGCCUUUAUAAAAAGAAAGAAAAUAAAAGAACAUUGAAAAAGAAACGUUUGGUUAAUCUAAAGAGAACCUCGUCAAAAAUUUCCAUUUGGUCGUCUGAACUACCUCAGAUUUCUUCUAGACUAGAGCUUGAUCCAACUGCACGAACAGCGCGGCCAAAACAUAAACCGGAAGUUGGAACAGACACCGGAAGUGAAAAUCAAGAAGAGUUUCCAGAACCUCUGAAACUCUGCAAAGUUGUCACAAAGUUCCCUUUAUUGUCAUUUUUUGCAGUGACAUUGAUACAUACAACGGUCAUUGGAGUUACAUUAGGCCUCGUCUUUUCCGGAUAUGACGUAUUUCCCGCCGUUUUCGACGAUUUGCCGCUCUAUAUUUACAAUGAUGUCCGACUCAAGGAACUGACAUGGCGGUCGAGGACAUCCUUCGACGGGUAUAUUUUUAGACCUGUGUAUGGCUACAAUAUCAACACAGGUUACCGAGGUUCAAUCAGGGAUACUGUAGAAGUUAUCUACGAAAAACCAGGCGAAAAUAUUUUGACGCCUGCGCACCUUUUUUGGAUAAAAACAGCAGAAGAACGUCUUUUCAACGAGAUAAAUUUCCAGGAGGAUUUUUGUUUGCUUGAUCACAAUUACAACUGUGUAAAACCACAGUCUUUAGUCAGGUUGUUUGAUGGAACUUAUUCAAAUGUUGAUUCGAUUUUCUAUAAUAGAAAUUUUAGCAACAUUAACGAAGUUUUAUAUAAAGCUUCCAUCUAUAACGAAACAAAAGACUAUUUGAAGUUAUUUCUCGGCAAAGACAGUGUGAUAACCCCAGCCGGAAGUUAUACAUCCAUUACUCGGUCUUUCUUUUUCAUGGGAUGGCCCCUUUAUAAAUUACAGAAUGGCAAAUGGGGUAGAGAGGAAGAUAUCAAAAAUUAUCUCGCUGAUACAUUCAAGCCUAAAAUCGAGAAUAUACGAGAUUUUUAUCUAGUUGAACGUUUGGAUGUAUAUUACCUAAGUAAGAUGCUGUAUGAACAUGAUGUAGUCGAACAAGCAUUAAAAGACAUAAUGCUUGCAAUAGGAAGUGUUCUUUUUAUUUUCCUGUUCAUGUGUUUUCAAACUGGCUCUGUAGUUGUUACGAGUCUCGGCGUUUUAAGUAUACUUUCAAGUUUUCUAUUAACCAAUCUAGUUUACCGCUAUGUCUUUCAGUUCAAAUACUUUGGAUUUUUUCACGUCAUUGCAAUAUUUCUUAUCCUCGGAAUCGGUGCUGACGAUUUAUUUGUAUUCUAUGACACAUGGCGUCUUACGGGCCAUACGAAAUACCCGAGCAACGCCUAUCGGCUUUCCGACUGUUUCCGGAAAGCGGCGAAAACUACUUUCGUGACGUCAUUGACGACUACGAUAGCUUUUCUGGUCAGCGGUUUAUCUCCACUGCUUCCAGUGAAAACAUUUGGAAUAUUUACAGGGUUUCUUGUAGCAGUUAACUAUUUAUGGGUGAUACUAUACUUUCCGUCAAUAAUCAUUAUUCAUCAUACAAAGACUAAAAAUAUAUGGAGGCGUUUUCACCGCUUCCUGCUUUCAAUUUGUUUGGCGGAAAGACUUCCAGGAUUACAGGAAGAUGGCAAAACGGCAUCAAAUGCGGACACUAAUUCAUUAUCAGAAACGAACAGUGCACGUGGGUUACUAACUGGUUCUAGUCAGGACAAUGACACUUUAGCAAGCAGUCCUCGAAAACAUACAUUGCCAAAAAGUACCGUGCUUCCAAGUAUUUCCGGUAUACCUUCACCCAGUCACGCCAGUACGCCUCGAUUGGUAGACAAUUCACGUGACAUUCAUCCGGAAGUUACUGUUACACUCGAAGAUGGAGUUAUGAACGAUCUUGGUCGAGCACCACGCGCUGGUCCAGGUUCCGUGUUAAGUUGGGAAAAAAUUCAAUCUGACACGGCGAAGGAAGAGUAUUUAAUGAGGAAAAGAUCCAAGCCUAAGAAAUCGUUUGAGGAAAGAAACAGAAUUGUGAAGUUUCUAAGGAACACUUUUUUUGAUUUUAUGACAAAAAGAAUUGUUAAAAUCAUGAUCCCUAUAUUGUUCCUGGGUGUGGCGAUUUUCUUUAUUCACAGAGCAACCAUGAUAGAGCCAGAUACUCACCAGCUGCGACUGUUUCGAGGUAACCAUAAUUAUGCCAAAGCGACGGAUAGACAUUACUUCUACUUCUUGAGAAACCAAGAUGAUGAAUACCAGCGCCUCUACCUGGUUUGGGGAAUACUUCCGGCGGAUAUCAGCGCGUGCGAUCAAAAAUCAGCAGACUUUUGUUUCGGGGAACCCAAGUAUGACAGGCAUUUCGAGAUGAAUACCGAGUCAGCUCAAAUAGCAUUUAAGGAUUUGUGCAAUCGUUUAAAGAACCUAGAUGCAAAGUUGGCUGACCGACUUCAUAUUCAGAGAGACAGUAUUAAUAACCAACUAAAAAUUGCCUGCUUUACUGAAGACUUCGAACAGUAUUUCGAGAAUGAAGUAGCUUCAAACUGGCGGCUUCCGUCGGAUAUGAAUUUGUCACUUCCGGUUUCUUCGGACCACGUGACUAAACUUAUGGACGCAUAUCAGUAUAUCUACCGAGUAUCUUUACCAGACGACUUUACAAACUAUUUUGAGCUUCUGAUCUCAUACUGGCUUACUGAUGGAUACGAUCUGAACCCGACAAAAGAUUACUUCCGGUAUAAUGAGCUGUUUGCCGAGAGGCGUGUCCAAGGUGUCACUCAAAAUGCGUACUACUCAGGCUCGGGUCUGUACUAUGGUACUAAGCUACAAUAUUUGGCGAUAGAGAUCAACACGACCAUGAAUUUAUACAGUCUCGGUUACGAAGAAGGUUUGCCUGUAUUUGAGGAGUGGGAAAACUUCAUUCAGAGCAUAAACAGAAAAAUGCCUGCACCUCUCAAGAAUGGCAUACAGGUUACUGAAACACUUUGGCACUGGCUUCACGUGCAAGAGACUCUAGCCUCCUCCGCAAUAACGGGUAUUAUUGUCGGACUGUUGUCAGCCUGGCCUAUUCUCGUACUGACGACCUUUAACUUCAUCAUAGGGACAAUCGCCGCCGUUACUAUAGGCUUGGUCACAGCUUGUGUCAUAGGUCUUAUACCUCUAGCUGGUUGGAAACUCGGGGUCUUGGAGUCGAUCAAUCUAUGUAUGGUCGUCGGUCUAUCUGUAGACUACAUUGUUCAUCUCGCAGAAGCUUACCGGAUGUCAAAGUCACCCAGACGCUUGGACAGAGUUCAUGACAUGCUUGAAUCAAUCGGACUUUCUGUAAUAUCUGGUGCUAUAACAACCAUGGGCGCUGCUGUAUUUAUGCUGUUUGCAAAAAUACAGUUUUUCUUUCAGUUCGGGAUAUUUAUUUUAAGUACUGUCGGAAUUUCCUUGGUAUUUUCUCUACUGGGUUUUACGACAUUGUUAUCCCUUUGCGGACCGGAAAAUGAUACGGGCUCAGUCACAAAGAUGGCUUCUAGUCUGGUUAAGUUUUGUAAAAAAGGUGAUAACAUAAGUGAAAAAGCGGCGGACGAAGCGGCGAAAACAAAAUCUCGGAUAUCGUGCCCAUGUGCAUCGCCCUCUAUAUUGGUCGACAGAUUUUAUGAUUGGCUGAGCUACAUGAAGAGUGAGCAUCAGCUAGCAACGACCAGGCAAACUAAACCACCUAUGUGAUUAAAACAUCGUGACAAGUACACUUUCAGUUUAUCUAUAUUGUUUGCAUAUGCUUAUUUUAAGUGUGAUAUCGGAAGCAAAGAAAGAUACUGUGAUAGAAUUACUGUGCAAUUAAAGUUCACAUAUAUGAAAGUAUCUAGAAUUAUAUGGAAACUAUUUCUACAAUCUAUGCUAGUUGAACUAAUUAAGUAAGCUGUUUUGGAUCAAACUGAAAGUGUUCAACACUGUAUGUAUCUGCUACAACCAGGGUCAUUUGAAUUCCACAUAGCGUCCUAUUACCAAUCAUUGGGCCAGUUCAGUUCUUUUUCACUUUGAAAAGUUGUCAUGAUUUAUAAUGAUAAGUACAUGUAAACUAUACAAACUUAAACUGAAAAUAGCUGAAAUCAAAUUCGUGUGAGGACAGCAUUAAAUUAAAAGCAGGUGCCAACUUAUGUAUAUCUUGUCGAUUUAGAUUUUUAAACUUGUUGCUAUGAAAAUUAAAUAAGCUUUACUGAACAGAAAUAGCUUUUGUAACAUGCAAAGAUGAUUAUAUAUUUUUAUAGAAAUAUUUUAUCACUUUUAUAGCAAUUUAUUUUCGUCAUUGUUAUAUUGUUUUACCCUAAAAAUAAAAAAAAGAUGC